AUGCUUGAAGAUAUUGAUGGUGGUUUGUUUUCUAUCCUUGCUGAUGAGUCCGCUGAUGUUUCUGACAAGGAACAAUUGGCUCUUUGUUUGAGAUAUGUUAAUAUAAAGGGAGAAGUGUGUGAGUGUUUACUUGGUAUUGUGCAUGUUGUAAACACUGCUUCUUUGACUCUCAAAUUUGCUACUGAAUCCUUAUUAAUGGAGCAUUCUUUGUCUUUCUCUCAAGUACGGGGUCAAGGUUAUGAUGGGGCAAGUAAUAUGCAAGUUGCACUUGCUAAAAAGAAUUCAGAUUGUGCUUGGUUAUUUGUUGAUGUACUUGCACCUCUGUUGAACUUUGUGGGGGGUUCACCAAAAAGGAAAGAGUUUCUUCGUGAAAAUCAAGCUCAAAGAGUGGUGGAUGCUUUGUCUCUAGGUGAACUUGAAACGGUUUCAGGUUUAAAUCAAGAACGUGGAUUAGGUAGACCUUGUGAUACUCGUUGGGGAUCUCACUUCAAGACAAUCUUGAAUGUACUUGAUUUAUUCCCUGUAAUCCUUGGUUCUGUUGAGGAUAUUGCAAAAGUAUCUGAUACAAUAGAUUCUAAUAGAGCUCAAACACUUACAAAUCUUCUGAUGUCCUUUGAUUUUGUGUUUGUGGCACACUUGAUGGUUAGUAUAUUUGCGAUAACAAAUGCUUUGAAUGUGGCCUUACAAAAGCACGAUCAAGACAUUGUGAAUGCAAUGGCCAUGGUUAAUGUAACCAAGACUAAUUUGCAAAAAAUGAGAGAUGAAGGAUGGGAUUCUCAUAUGGAACAGGUCAUUUCUUUUAUUGGUGACUAUGACAUUGCAGUUCCAGAUAUGGAGGCUAAAUAUGUUGUUCCCGGGAGGAGGUUGUUUCGAGUUUUUUUUGGUGUCAUUGAUCUUCAAUUGCAAGAACUUGAAAAUCGAUUUCCCGAAAUAACUAAAGAACUACUUGUGUGUAUGUCUUGUUUGAGUCUUGUGGAUCGUUUUUCUAAGUUUGACAAGGAAAAAUUGAUUAAGCUUGCGAAAUUCUAUCCUAAUGAAUUUCCAAGUUCAGAAUUGAUAGUCUUUGGUCAUACACUUGAGACUUACAUUUGUUCUGUUAGAGGAGAUGAAAGGUUUUGGAAUUUGAAGGGUCUUAGUGAGCUUUCAAUCAAAUUGGUUGAAACGGGAUUGUCUGAAACUCAUGAUAGGGUCUAUUUACUUUUGAAGUUGGUGUUGCUUCUUCCUGUCGCAACGACAAGUGUGGAAAGGUUCGAAUAUGGGUCAGGGCAAGAAGGAGGAGAUGGUGGCUAUUUUGGGCGUUCAUUGUGUGGAGCAGCAAGGCAAGUACCUGUAGGCAGCCUGAAAAUCAAUGUUGACGCUGCAAUUUUUGGCGAGCUAGGAUCGGGGCUGGGCGUGAUUAUAUUAUUCGUGACCAUGAAGGCAAUUGUUUUGGGGCUACAAAUUGCUAUUCAAUGCGAUGUUGAGAAUGUCAUCAUUGAGAGCGAUUGUCUCCAUGUAAUUAACAAGCUCAAGUCAAGAGAAGUGGAUGGCUCAUACUUGGUAGGAAAAUUCUUCGUAAAUAUGGAUUACGCACUUCUUCGUUCCAUUGUACCAAAGGAUAUUUUUACAAUGGUAGUUUGUAUUAUGAAUACCAUAUGA